GACUCUCCAAGCCCUGAUCACUGGGAAGAAAAAUGGCAAGCAAUCAGCUCUUGAUCCUCGUCUCAUCACUCUUGUUCCUCCAGUCGGCCUUCGCUACCCUCAUGGCUGCUGAACCAGCGAAGAAAACCGAUGUGGUGGUCGAAGGCGUAGUGUACUGCCAGAGCUGCGAGCAGGCUGGAACAUGGUCUCUGUCUGGGGCUAAGCCAAUCCCUGCUGCCAAAGUCAGCGUCAUUUGCAAGAACCACAAGGAUCAAGUCAGCUAUUACAAGGUGUUCGAAACAGAUGGGAACGGUUACUUCUACGCGCAACUCGAAGGCUUCACAAUGAGCCAAUGUCUAUUGGAGCAUCCCCUCCAAGCUUGCCAUGUUAAGCCUGUCUCCUCUCCUCUUCAAAACUGCAACCUCCUUACCAAUGUUAACUACGGACUCUAUGGCUCCCCACUUCGUUACGAGACCAAGAAAUUGUUUGGAAGCAACUACGAGGCUGUCAUCUACGCUGCAGGCCCCUUGGCAUUCCGUCCAGAUCAUUGCCCUCUCCCCACUCACUUCUAAUCAUAUCUACUCCAACCCAAUUGUCGUUGGCCAA